CCCCCUUGGGCCCUUGUCCGAGUCCCGAGGCCCGGGAGGGAAUGCCACGACUCCCGAGCGCCGCGCCUCCAGCCGCCGUUUUGCAGCGGGAGUGGGCGGCGGCGGGAGGGGAUCUCUCCUGGGGCCGGGCUUGGGCCCGGGCGGGGCGGUGGCGGAGGGCGGGCCCCUCGGGCCGAGCGGGCCGUAACCUUCUGGGAGGGCAGAGAUCCGCCUUCUUCUGUACCAUCCAGGUCAGAGCUGACUAAGAAGUAUACAGAAGCCAAGUCAUGGAUCCACCUGCACGUAAAGAAAAAUCCAAAGUUAAAGAGGCCGUCAGCAGAGUUGAGAAGGCCAAGCAGAAAUCAGCCCAGCAGGAGCUGAAGCAAAGACAGAGAGCAGAGAUCUAUGCCCUCAACAGAGUCAUGACAGAACUGGAGCAGCAGCAGUUUGAUGAGUUCUGUAAACAGAUGCAGCCUCCUGGAGAGUGAGCUACCCCUGCCUUCACACUUGAUGGGACCCUGCAGGCUUUGUUCGUGUGUUACCAGUCUUAAGCUGAGAUGGCCCAUUUGGAGCCUUACACAACUGGACCAGAAGACAUUUGUGUUAUUCCUAAAACUGGAUAAAUCGGAACUUCCUAUAUCUAACUUACUUCACUAGUUCCUCCGAUCUGAAUUGGCCCAUUGCUUGCUGAAGAGACUUGUUCUAUUCUUCCAAGACAAUAGAUUCUUUUUUUUCUUUUUUUUUAACUUUUUCUAUUUUUUGAAAAAAAAUCAGUGUUUCUUGUGAAACUGUAAAUCUCCAAAACUACAAAUAAAAUACUAAUAAGCUGUU